AUGUUAAAUGUUGCUCAAUACAGUUCAGUAGUCAGGAUGAGUGUAUUUCAGUGGAAGAGUGUGGAACUUUUCGAUUUAAUUAAAUUGCCUUCAAUAAAAUUAAAUGAUAUCACUGCUGAAAUUACAGCGCACUGUUGCAACCGGGUCAAAGCUGUAAAUGGUACCACCAACCCCACUCUAGUACUAUGUGACAUAAAUGGAUACGUGCAUGUUUUAUUGGAAAAUAAUAUAAAGGCUAAGCGGAUAAGUUUUUUAUGCUGUUACAACCGUCCACCGAUUAAAUUGUGCGCUCUUACAACCAACAAUUUACUUGCAGUACUAACACAAACGGAUACGUUUUCUUUAUGCAUUUCUAUAUAUGACCUAAACUUAAUCAAAAGGGAGGUACCUCCAUGUAUCACAACCGCAACCUUGCCAGCCACAAGUGAGGCAACAUUUAUCCAGGUAGAGGUCAUAGGGCCCGAUAAGUUAUUUGCUUUAGGCAUUGGGUUUGAUAAAGGUGACGUACUGCUACAUGUUGGUAACAUCAACCGUGAUCUGUCUUUGAAUAUUCGUCGUCAUGCUAUUGCUUCAAGUUCAAUAAAUGGAAUACAAUUUGGAAGUUGUAAUCAGCAAUCAGAUACAAAAACUUACGACGUGUUUGUAGUAUCUCUUAAUGGAGUAUAUUGCAUUGCAUUAAAUGAUAAAGGAGAAAUCGAUGCUAAAAUUGUCCUUGAUAACAAUAAAAACACGGCUAACCAAUGUUGUACAAUAUCUCAACCAACUAUUUGUACUUCAUUUCUUGUUGUUGGCCGAUAUGAUGCCAUCUACUGUUUUAAUCGUAAUUGCAGGGGUUCCUGUUAUGCUAUUGAAGGGCAGAAGCAAUAUCUUUCGUUGGUAGACAAUCAUCUUAUCGUCGUAGUUAAAACUCAUUUUGGUUCUAUGCUAAUAGUUAUUGAUAUUGAUAACAAAUUAAUUGUUUUACGCAAAAAAAUUUCAAGUUUGCUUUGCAUUAUCACUGGUAUUAACUUGUACUAUGUUCUAAGUAAGGACGAAAGUUCAAAAAAUGUAUGUACAUACAACAUUGACAUGUUGAAAGAGCACAAUACAAAUAUUAAAAUAAGAACCCUUAUUACAAAUUGUAUGCACGAUAUUGCCCUCAUGUUGUUAAAAAGAGAAGGAAGUGAAUAUCAAAACGCAGCAUAUGUUCGUUUGAAAUACGGUAAUAAUUUAUUACUAAAAGGCAGCUUUACAAGGGCAGUAGCCGAAUACGCUCAAACCAUUGGCGUUAUAAAGCCCUACCACAUUAUUUCGAAACUAUUAAGUUCAAGACAUAACGAUAAUUUAAUACAAUACAUAAAUAAAUUAUUAAAAAGUGAAUCCGCUACAAUUGAUCAUCAGAAAUUGCUUCAAAGUUGCUUUGAUCGCGAAAAACUUCUUAUUAGGAUUCAACAGUUAUGGAAUUUAAAAAAUGAUGCUACCCGUAUAUGUGACUUUAAACAGAUAUCCGCGAAAAGAGGAAACAUCUCAAGCUUGAUUGAUGCAUUGAGUCAUUUACAAAUUGAUGAUCUUCAAAAAAUCGACGAAGUUGAAAUUUUGGAUUUUUUUCUGGAGUAUGGACGCGAACUUCUAUCGGUACAUUACACAGUUUUUUUAAAAACCGUAAAAUCAUUGAUUAGAAACCAGAAAAUUAAAAAUAUACUUCGUUUCUUAACUAUUUUUACUUGUAAUGAGGAAUUUUGUGCAAACUUAUUAUCCGACUUCAUAGAAAAUUGUUCCACCAGUGAUGAAAAGUUACACUAUCAUUUACUCAUGUUAUAUCUCAGUCUUUGGCGUGAUAAUAAAAUAUCAUCAAAGUAUAUUAUUGACUUUGUAGAAAGAGUACCAUUAAGACUUGAGAAUACUUUGAUAUUAUUAAAAGCUUAUUCUUUUUCUAUUGAAAUUGGAAACCUGGAAAAUAUUGAAGAAUUAGAAUUAAUUGCGGACGAAUAUAAACAUUUUUUUAAAAACCAUAUUAAAAAAAAUGCAAAUCUUGCCUCAUUAUUGACAACCGGCCCGCAUUCAGUGCUCAUGAUAUUGCAAAAAAUAUGUAGUAGUCGAGACUUAAAAAUAAAAGAUAUAAAAUCACUUUUGUCAGAAAAAUUAUUAAAAAAUGGCAUACACGCCAGAUCUGAAAUCCAGUCAAUUGAAGAUCUUAACUAUGAUAUUGCAAUCAAGAGUUCGCUGGUAUUCAAUUAUAAGUUACAUCCAAUAGAAUUUCGCAACAGGUGUUGUGACAUCUGCAAUCAAUCAUUGAAGAUGCCCUCAGUUUAUUUCCUUUGUCAGCAUUCAUUCCACAAAGACUGCUUACGGUAUAAUUAUCAUACGAAAAAGGAGGAUGGCGCCGGUUGUGUGUUAUGUAACGAAAAUAUAACAUUCUUUGUGUCAGAAUACGGAAAAAUUGAUUUAAGCUCAAAGUCUUGCGACACAAUAAAGAGAAUUUCAAAUGUUUUUGCUUCUGGAAUGGAUAAGUUAUCAAUGUCAGAAGAGUGUGGAUAUAUCCUAUGGAAUACCUAAACGGAAUACUUUAGAGCAUAUAAAAAUCCGUUUGAUGAAAAUUGUGAUUCUAACUUCAACUGUUUUCCUAAUUUUAAUUUGUUAUAUUAAAGGCUUCUAAAAAAGAUGUAUAUGAUACAUUAUAUAUAA